ACUUUCAUUCCAACUUGUACUCUUGACCGGAUCGGGUCGCACAAUUCAGAUUUCCACACGACGUCGUCGUUUGUCCGGAGUGAUUUUUUUUUUUUUCAAAAUUAAAGGAAGAGGAACAAUCAAACGAUCUAAGGAGGAUUUCAAACGAUCUCGGGAAGUGAAGACUACUUUGAUCGGUGUAGUUUGAAAAGUUUGAGCAUUUGGGGGUGUUCUUUGAGAAAAUUUCUAAAAGGCUGCCAUGACUGGGAAAAAAGGCAUACCUCUCGGAAAAAACCGUUAAUUAAAUUAGUGUUUCAAUGGAAGCAAACAAUAGUUCUUGGGGAAGAAUUCAUUGAAAGUUUAUGACCUAGAUUGUCGAGAAGUUUUUCAGCUCCUGAAAAUGACUCAUAACAGCUCUUCUUAGCGCCGGCCAGAGCUUUGAUAACACGCUACCGAGAUUAAUCUCGGAAGCAGGGGGGCUGUCCCAAGCAAUUAUCGUUACGAUUACAGGUCGUUGUGUGUCAUUGGAUUAUCUAACUUCUGUGUGUCCUGGUGCAUUUAUGGAUGCGGAUGCGUAAAGUAAAAACGUCACAACAACACCAUGGGGGACGUCUAGUCUAGGAAGGCAGCAGACACAGUGUUUCGAAAUUUCAGAAUUUCAAAUUUUCCGGUAAACAAUAUGGAAAAGUUGCACGGUUAUCAGGGUUGGACCGGUCGAUUACACGAGUUCAAGGAUAGCGUCCGGGAGAAGCACGCCGCCUGGAAGGAACAGCGGGCGGCGGCGGCGGCAUCGGCGUCUGCUUCCGGUACUGCGGAAGGUGGCGCCCCCACCGGUGGCAUAGCCCAGUACAUCCGGAACAGUCUUCAGGGUGCCAACCGGAGGCAAGACGAUGGUGGCGGAGCUGGAGCUCCAUGGAAUGAAGAAAAUGUGGACUUUUCGCACAUAUAUCGGAAAAAAUCCCGCAUGGAGCUGGUCCGGGUGUCGGCCGCCGUCAUGGGUAUCGAGUUCUCGUACGCCGCCGAAACGGCCUUCGUCUCACCGACGCUGCUCAAGAUUGGCGUCCAGCAUCAGCAUAUGACCCUGGUAUGGUGCCUGUCGCCUCUGGUAGGGUUUUUCUUAACACCGGUGCUAGGAUCGCUCUCGGAUCGCUGCCGCAGCAAUUACGGACGAAGGAGACCCUUUAUCCUGAUGCUAUCUUUGGGUGUUCUAUUGGGUUUACUGCUGGUCCCGAAUGGGGAAGACUUUGGCUACGCCAUGGGUGAUCCCAACCCUUAUGUGAACAGUACUGUGCUGUUUCCGGUACAGCCGCAGCCUGUUUUGCCGCACAGAUCGACUGCUCAAGAGGCUGAAUCGGUUUUGGUGCAGGAUUCUUCUACAAGUGUGGGGGAAAGGCCGAGUCAUCCGUGGGGGAUAUUUUUCACAAUUCUGGGUACGGUGCUGCUGGAUUUCGACGCCGAUGCAUGUCAGAGUCCUUCGCGGGCUUAUUUGAUUGAUGUGACCAUACCGGAGGACCAUGCUAGGGGUCUGUCAACUUUCACGAUCAUGGCCGGGUUGGGAGGUUUCAUGGGUUACUCGUUGGGUGGAAUCAACUGGGAUGAUACCUUCAUCGGGCAAGCAUUCGGAGGACACGUCAGAGCGGUGUUCUCUUUGAUAACGAUAAUUUUUGUGAUCUGUGUCAUGUUCACUAUCACAAGUUUCAACGAGAUUCCUUUGUGGAUUUUGGAACAAGAAAUGGAGCGACAAGAGCCGCCGAUUGUGAAGAAGGUAACGACGAGAGCGCUGUCGGAACAGGACUCACUCGAUAAGAUUGAAACGUCAUCGUACGGUGCUUUGGAGGAGGACAUUAUUCACAAUCAACAAAACCAGCAACGGCGAUUCACUAUGCCAGCGUCGAUGGCCGGAGGGACCAAACGUGAAUACGACGAGCUACCUGGAAAGAAUUGUGCAGAGACUUCAUUCAACAGCGGGGAACCCAUCCCUAUUCCUGAAACUGGAGGCUGUAGUUCAAAACAUGAUCACGUGACACUGUCUAUGUAUUUGAAGUCAAUCGUUAUAAUGCCACAUUCUUUGCGAAUGGUCUGUUUGACCAAUCUGUUCUGCUGGAUGGCUCACGUCUGCUAUUCGCUCUACUUCACCGACUUUGUCGGCGAAGCAGUAUUCAAUGGUAACCCCAAGGCUCUGGACGGCACAGACGAGUACAUACGAUACGAGGAAGGCGUCCGUUUUGGGUGCUGGGGUAUGGCCAUGUAUUCGCUGUCAUGUGCGUGCUACUCGCUGAUCAUCGAACAACUCAUCCGGCGGUUUCGAGCCAAAAAGGUCUACGUCGGCGGUCUGCUAUUCUACUGUUGUGGAAUGUCCCUGAUGGCCCUGACCAAGCAUAAAGUAGGAGUAAUUGUAUUCAGCUGGGCAGCUGGAGUGAUGUAUUCGACGCUGUUCACCAUGCCCUACCUACUGGUUGCGCAUUAUCAUUCUGAGGGAAUUUUCGAGCAGCUAAGCGAGGAGGACGCCAAGCAGGGUAAAUCGCCGGUGGUGCGAGGUCUUGGAACCGAUGUCGCAAUCGUCAGCAGCAUGGUGUUUUUGGCUCAGUUCAUCCUGUCGAUCUGCAUGGGAUCGCUCGUGUCCUGGAGUGGCACAACGACGGCCGUCGUCACCGUGGCGGCGUUUCUAAGCUUUUGUGGUGCGAUUGCGGCCACCCAGGUGGUUUACCUUGAUCUUUAAAAACGAUAAAAGGGAUAUGAUAUUGAUCACUCAUUAAGAAAACGCUCGUAACAAUAACUUAGAAUGCUAAUUUCAAACUGUAUUCGUUAAGUGCUGCAAUAAAUAUUCUCUACAAUGCUAUAUGUGUACAACAAUAUCAAAUCACACAAA